CUCGUGACCAAAUAGUUAUUUAUUGUUGGCUAGGAUGCUUGCCACAGUUCCCGCCACGGCCAGUCAGGGGUUGAACGUCUCCCGACCAGCGGUGUUAGACGACGGCAGUGAUGCAAAGAAGUACAUAACACAAAAAGGCACGCUCACACGAGAUGGUGGUGUGAACAUCGCCUACGAGCUCUUGCAGUCAGAGCCAGCCUCGACGACGCAAAUCGCGCUGCAAGUGGACGCGGCGGGCGUCACAACGACGGAGGCCGCUAGCAGCAGCGCCACAAACAGAUUCUUGAUGAUUAUGGGCUUCGCUGCCACAGGCGAGGCCUGGCUGCCCACCGUCAAGGAGCUGUUCUCACGGGGGGGCAAGUCUGCGGGGCUGGAGGUGGCGGUGUUUGACAACCGGGGCAUCGGCGCCUCCAGCUCGCCCGCCGACAAGAGGGCCUACACCACUGACGUCAUGGCGGGCGACGCCCUGGCGGUCAUGGACGCCCUGGGCUGGGCCCGCGCGCACGUGGUGGGGCACUCCAUGGGCGCCAUGAUCGGCUGCCGGCUGGCGCUGACGGCGCCGGAGCGCCUGGCCAGCCUCACGCUCGUCUCCGCCACAGGCGGCGGCAGUGAGGCCAUCCCCACCAACUGCACGGCCAUAGCGGCGGGCGUGCGGGGAGCCAUGAAGAGCGACCUGCCCAGUCGUGCCAGUGUGGACCUGGCGUUCCACUUCUCCAAGAGGCUGCUGCGACAGGACGACCCCGCCACCGGCCGCACCGUCAAGGCCGAGCUCAAGAGCCAGUACGUGGAACUGCAAAAGGCCACGGGCGGCCAGAGCCGUGCGGGUCAGGACGGGCACAUGAACGCGGUGAUGAGCCACAGCCUGAGCAAGCAGGAGUACGCGCGGCUCAGGAGCGCCGGCUUCCCCAUCCUGGUCAUCCACGGUGCGGAGGACAUCCUGGCCGCGCCCCGCCACGCCGCGCGCCUGGCCCGCCGCCUGGGCGCGCCGCUGGUCAUGAUCGGGCACAGCGCGCACUUCACGCCGCGAGACGCCGCGAAGGAGGUGACGGACGAGCUGCUUGCCACGCUGGAGGCCGUCCGCCGCGGCGCCACACACGCCGACGCCGUGCACCCCUGCCCCGACCCGGCGGCCUACGAGCGCAGCGCCUGCGCCGCGGCGCUGUGCUGCUGCUUCGCCUGACGGCUGGGCCCGCGGCGGGGCACGCGGCGGGGCUCGUGGGGCCCGGAGGAGGAGGAGGAGGUGGCGUCGCUGCCAGCGGGCCCCGCUGCAUGGGGAUGGGGAGGCGGUGGCAGGGGUGGCGGGGGUGGACGUGGUGGCGGAAGUGGAAGUGGUGCGGGUCGGGCGGUGUGGCUGUCCACGGCGCCGUGGCCGGCAGCCUGGCUCGGCGGCAGGCGGCUGCGCGCCUCCGUUCUCAAGCCCGGCAGCUUGGGAACAGGCUCAGGGUUGGGAUCGGGACCGGGCCUGGGAUUGGGCUUGGGAUUGGGCCUGGGGCCGGCGGGAUCCAGCUCGGCGCUGGGCCCGGCCUUGUGUGGCCUGCUGGCGUCGCCUCGGCAGCCCAAGGCCGCGGCGGCUUAGCUUCCCGCUGCCGCGGCUGGCCCUGCCCCGGACAGAGCGCAGCAGCAGUGCGGCAUUGGCCUGCACGAGCAGGGUAAGUCGCAUGUCAGCCGCGGGCCACGACACUGCUGGCUCCACACGGGGACUUGCAGGCGCCGCAUGUGAGCCUCUGGCCGCCUGACGCGUGCGCUUUGCCAUGGUCUGGAUGUUUUGGGUGUGGUAGCCCGUGGUGUGCAGCCCAAAUGUGAGCAUAUGUGAUUGCGAUUGUGUGUGUGUGUGUGAGAGAGAGAGUGUGUGUGUGUAAUAGCUUGGGUUCCGGGGCCUGCAUGCGGCGGCGAUGUGUGUUGUGUGUGCUCAGCAUGCGUAGGCGCGAGCAGGGGUGGCUUUGCCCGGGUCUGGGGCGCGUGCCGGCACGUCGUGAGCUCACAUGAAUAUAAUGCUGGUAUUCAACUAUGGUAUUGACUGGGGACUGCAGAUGGGGCUGACUACUGACAGUACUGAUAAGUGUGUGAGAGGCGGCAGUGCGUCUGCGCGUUUGUGAACAGAAUACAUACCGUAGCUCAACAGGAUUUGGUGGGGUUGGAGGAGGGCAUAGUGCGCCGGAGAUGGUCCCUCUUGACCUGGGUGCGGGGCACCCUUGCUUGGUCGGACUGUCCCUUCUUUGUAAUGUCGCAAUCAUAGUGCGUCGAGUGUUUGACAUAAUUACAGUUACAGCGGUAUCCUGCUUGAGUACAGGAUAAGCAUCCCGAAGUUCGCUGGCGGGUGGCCAGGGUGGGGUGUCGUUUGACGCGGCGUGUGUGUUUCACUGCGUGUGGGUGCAUAGAAUACAUAGAAUGACAAAUUGCUAAGCCAUAACAAGAAGGCCUUUGACAUCUCAUUUAGUCUUAUUCUGCUACAACACGUUUCCUUUACACACC